UUCUCCAAGAGGUAUCUUUGCAACUAGCCAGUCGCAGGAAAGCUAGAACUCCACUGCUAGAGUUCCAGCCUCGACGGUCGGUGGCGGUUCGCGCAUGCACCGGAAUCUGUAGCAGAAAGGUUAUAUCUUUAUUCGGUUCUGGUUAUGGCGUCCGCCAUUCGCGUGCAUAUGCAGUUGGGCCAAGUAGCAGAGAGUAAAUCCGAGCAGGCAGGUGCUGCUAACGGGGUCUCAUGCCUCGGCUUCCCCUCUGGCGAAACGAUGCGUUUCGUCGAUUCGUUUCGGCACGGAAUCUCGCUAAAGCGGUCCCUCGAAGCUUCUCGCAGCAAGUCUGUGCGAAACGAGCGACUUGUAGUAACCACAGCUCGCGAUUCUUCGUCUCCCGUAGCAGCACCGAGCGCCAGGCAGGACGUUUCGUGCUUUCCCUCACGAACCUUCCUUGGCGGAUCCUUACCUUCCAGCAGUGGAAUGUCCGCGAAUCUUCCAGGCCGUUUCUGCUGGGGACGGUCCGGAUCACUCCUUAAAUCUAAUCAACGGUCAAGUUAUCGCGUAUUCGCACGUCACAGCAAGCGCGCGGACGCCGACAAAUCCUCCCCUCCCCCCACAUGCGCCAUCCUCCCCGACGGCGCAGCGGAAGCCGCCACGUUUGAAGCAGAUUCCCCCGGCGCCGCCGCCGUUGCGCGCGCUGCCGCCACUGCCGUCGAAACCGCUGAACGCGCCGCGCUUCCCAGCGGCGCGGAUCUAGCGGCGCAGUGGGAACAGCUCCAGGCCCAGUCGGCGCAGUCGGCGCAGUCGGCGCAGUCGGCGCAGUCGGCGCAGUCGGCGCAGCCCGCGCACCAGGCGCAGCCCCCCGCGCUGAUGAAAGUUUCCCCCGAGUCCCUGACCUACCCGUCGGGGUUCUUGGGGGGGUUCGGGGAUAACAACUCUCUGCCGCUGGAUCCCGAGGGACACGUGGCGGGUGACGUGGCGGUGGAUAAGGACGCGUACCUGCGGCAGAUCCUGAGAUCGCGGGUGUAUGACGUGGCGAUUGAGAGCGCGCUGGAGUUCGCGCCGAAGCUGAGCGAGAGGAUCGGCAACCGGAUAUUCCUGAAGCGGGAGGACACCCAGCCGGUCUUCUCCUUCAAGCUGCGCGGCGCCUACAACAUGAUGGCGCACUUAACUCAGCGGCAGCUGGCCAAGGGCGUCAUCUGCUCGUCCGCUGGCAACCACGCGCAGGGCGUUGCACUCUCAGCGUCCAGGCUUCACUGCAGCGCCAUAGUGGCCAUGCCUGUGACAACACCCGAGAUCAAGUGGCGCGCAGUGCAGCGACUGGGGGGCGAGGUGGUUCUGGUGGGGGAUUCUUACGACGAGACGCAGGCGUACGCCAAGCGGAGGGCAGAGGAAGAGGGCCGGGUGUUCAUCCCGCCCUUUGACCACGAGCUGGUGAUAGCAGGGCAGGGCACUGUGGGCAUGGAGAUUCUCCGCCAGUGGAGCACGUGUGACCGCACGGGCGGGUGCGGGGGCGGCGCAGGCCAGUGGCGAUUCUUGGACUCUUCUUCGUCGGAGGAUGAGCGGGAGGGGCAUGUGGGUGGGAAUGGGAAUGGAGCGGCGAAUGGCUCAGCAGCAGGAGGAGCAGCAGCAGCAGUGUUACCAUCACCAGCAUCACCAUCAGCAUCAGCUGCUUCGUUGUCAUCGGCAGCAACAUCCUCGUUAUUAUCAAGUGAAGCUUCAGAGCAGCUGUCCCUGACAGCGGCUCUGGCUGCCGUCUCGCACUCCUCCCCCUUCUUCCCUCCCCCCCCAACCCCCUCACCCGCCCUUUUAUCAUCGUCAUCAUUAUCAGAAGCAGCAGCAGCAGCAGCAGCAGCAGCAGGGGAGGGCAUGCUUUGUCCCGUGGAUCCCUCGAGUUUGCACGCUGUGUUUGUGCCGGUGGGGGGUGGCGGGCUCAUUGCGGGGAUUGCUGCUUACAUCAAGGCCCUGCAACCAGAGGUGCGGGUGAUAGGAGUGGAGCCUGCUGACGCCAAUGCCAUGGCGCUGUCUCUCUACCAUGGCCGCCGCAUCGAGCUCUCGUCUUGUGGCACAUUCGCGGAUGGAGUGGCUGUCCGAAUGGUGGGCGAGGAAACGUUUCGCAUGUCCCAGCAGCUGAUCGACGGCGUGGUGCUGGUCUCAAGGGACGAGAUCUGUGCCGCCAUCAAGGACAUGUUUGAGGACACGCGCUCCAUCCUGGAGCCGGCGGGGGCGUUAGCCCUGGCAGGGGCGAAGGCGUACUGCCGCCACUACGGGCUGCGGGGCGAGGGGAUGGUGGCGGUGACCAGCGGGGCCAACAUGAACUUCGACCGGCUCAGGCUGGUGUCGGAGCUCGCUGAUCUGGGGGCGAGGAGGGAGGCUGUUCUGGCGACCACUCUGCCUGAGAUUCCUGGAGCGUUCAAGCAAUUCGCGAAACUGGUGGGCCCAGGAAUGAACAUCACCGAGUUCAAGUACCGCUUCUGCUCCACUGACGCUGCUCACGUGCUCUACAGUGUGGGUGUGCACACCGAGGAGGACCUAGCCGCCAUGAUCGCCCGCCUGGAGGGCGGCGACAUGCCCACGGUUGACAUGACGGACAACGACCUCGCCAAGGACCACCUCAGGCACCUGGUGGGCGGCCGCUCCUCGCUGCCCAACGAGAUUCUCUUCCGCUUUGUGUUCCCAGAGAGGCCCGGCGCCCUGGUGAAGUUCCUGGACCCCAUCAGCCCGCGGUGGAACAUCACUCUCUUCCACUACCGCCGCACGGGUGAGAUGAUAGCCCAUGUGUUGGUGGGGCUGCAGGUGAUGCCCCAUGAGGAGGCGGAGUUCAGGGCAGUGGCAGAUGCUCUUGGAUACGAGUACAGUGACGAGAGGAACAACAAGGCCCUGCGCAUAUUCAUGCAGUGAGCGAGGCUAUAAAGGGGAAAGCUCAGAAGCACCACAUCAUCAGAAUACUUAUCAGUGUGCCGGUUCGUUGUUGUGCUACUCUAAAUGACCAAUUUAGAUUAAUGAUCGUCCAAUUUCGGACCUCUGUUCUCGGUUCUGAUAUGGGCAAGAGAAGCAUCCCGCCAUUUUUUAGCACCAUUAACAACAAUUCUGAAUAGUAUUUUGUGUGGACAAU